AUGGUCUCGUCUGGAGGGCAAGGCUGUAUGAAGCGCGUCGUGGCAUUUGUCGACGUUAGAACGGCGGAGGGAGACGAGGCGGGCGUGAUCUUUUCCGACAUGCUCAGGUCUCUCGGGGCUCGUGUCAUUUCUAGACUGACGGACAAUGUCACUCAUGUCAUUUACAAGUCCGGCAGACAGACCACUUUGAGCUGGUGGAGACGGCAGGACGAGGAGACCCGACCUUUCAUUGUGGGUAUAGGGUGGGUCACCAAGAGCAAAGAGAAGGGGGAAAAGCUGGACGAGGGGGCGUUUGCAGUCAAUGUGGAGGAUGAGGAUGUGUUUUCAAAGGUGAGCAAGCGUGAGCGGAUGCAGGAGGCAUGCUGA